GACAGUUUAACUCGAUGAUUUCCUUUUGAUUUCUCGUUGAUUUUGUUUUGUUUGUUUCGUUGAAUUUCGUUUCAUUUAUAUUAUAAAUCUCGCAUGGAUUAUUUACUAAAGUUAAUUUAAUUUAUAGCACAACAUCACAACCAUGACGAAAGAAUCAGUGAAACGCGAGAGUCGCUAUUGCGAAUAUUGUGACAAACUUAUAUAUGGCAAUUCACAUGCUUUCAAAUCUCAUCUCUUUCAACACAACGCUGUAAAACCAAGAUACAUGUGCGAUGUAUGUUCAAAACCUUACUUUAGAAAGGAUACUUAUGCUCGUCAUAUGAAUAAUCAUUUGCAAUGGGGUGAAACAAAUUCUGUCCAGUUCAAAUACAACAUGAAAGUGUACAUUUGCGACUACUGUGAGCGAUGCUUCAGGGACAAGAGGAACCUCAUCAACCAUCUAAAGGUCCACGACGAUGGCUUCUAUUACAUUUCCAAACUGUACAAGUGUAGAGCGUGCCACAUAUCGUAUUGCGAGGAGAGACUCCUUAAAAAUCACAUUCGCAAAGAACAUUUCAACUUACAACGAAAGGAAAAUAUAUACGAACUGAAAAAGCUCAACGAAUCAUGGUUGGAACCAAUUCGCAAUUCGAAAGCAUGCGUCCGAAUGACUAAAGUCAAACCUAACGUGAUAAGUAUUCAGAGGAGCAACGUCAAAUUGGAAAAUACGGAAAAUGACAACAAAUUACAAAGUGAGGUUAAUUUUAAAGAUAUACUACAUUACUCUAAGGUGACAUGCGAUUAUUGCAAAAAGGACAUGUUGAAGAAAAGUCUUCUAACACAUAUAAAAGAGAGACAUUUGAAAAUAAGGAAGUUUUCGUGUACAAAAUGCAAGAGAACUUUCAAUAGACGUUAUCAGAUGGUUGACCAUGACUGUGGGAAGGUGAGAGUGAGAAAAACAUUCUCUCUUUCACACAAAAACUAACAGAGAUCAAAGACAAAGAAAAGUAAACACUCUUUGCCCAUGGUACAGUUAACCGGACUGAAUAAAAAUGUAAAAUUGUGUCAGUAGACUGAAGAAUUAGGCUGGUAAAAUAAAAAUCCAGGAGCUACAGAGAAACAUGGCUGUUUAUUGCAGAGAACGAACCAGAGAGAACAGAAAAGUUGGAUACAGCUCAAUGUCGCCGUAUCCAAGAAACAAUUUAAAAAAUACAUUUUAAUGUUGGUGUCCCAACACUGGGAUUUGGGGACAACAUUGUUGAGUGAACUCCAUCCCAUAGUGCCUAAGAAGUUACCUAAAAAAGAACUAGAAAGUGCCUUAUUUUUGCCUUAAUACCGUGAUAUUUACCUAUAGGAUUAAACUAUACACCUAUACAUUUUUACCUACAUAAUAUAGUUUAUAAUCGCACAAUUGACGUCUUCCAUAUCAUAAUGAUAUCUUAUAUUUUCAAUUAAA